AUGUCACAACUUCAGUUCAAAGAUGGAGAAACUUCCACCAAAGAUGUUGCAAAGUCCAUCAAUGCAAAUGUAGCAUUGAAUAGCAACUCCGGGUCGCCAACAGAUAUUGAAAAGUCUGUCGGAAAGGGUACUCAUGCUACAAAGCCGGACAAGCAACGCUUCCCAGAAACAAAUCUCAGCGAAGGCAUCGUUGGCUGGGAAGGGCAAGAUGACCCCGAGAACCCUCAAAACUUUCCGUCAAGUCGUAAAUGGGGGUUGUUGGCGUUGAUGGCCGGCAUCACUUUCGUCUCGCCGCUCGCGUCCAGCAUGCUGUCGCCCGCUACCGAGUAUGUCGGGGCCGAUUUCGGGGUCACCAAUGAAGCUAUACUUUCCUUUACUGUGAGCAUCUACUUGCUAGGCUAUGCAUUUGGUCCCCUCUUACUUGCGCCUCUAAGUGAGAUCUACGGUCGUCGAAUUGUUCUCAGCAGUGCAAACUGGUUCUUCGUUGUAUGGCAAAUCGGUUGCGCCAAAGCCCCGAAUAUUGCAAGUCUGAUUGUGUUCCGGCUUCUUUGUGGUGUGGGCGGCUCUGGGUGUUUGACUCUGGGAGCCGGCGUUAUCGCCGACCUUUUUCCCAUCGAGAGCCGUGGCUUAGCAACAUCUCUCUGGAGCAUGGGACCUUUGCUGGGCCCUGUAGUAGGACCGAUAUGCGGAGGUUUCAUGAGCGAGACUGUGGGCUGGCGCUGGGUGUUUUGGGUUCUCUUGAUCGUUGGAGGAAUCACCUCUGCUGGCAUUGAGAUUCUCAACCGCGAGACCUACGCUCCGGUACUCAUUCAAUGGAAAACGAAGCGCCUCGCGAAUGAGCUUGGCAGAGAAGAUCUCCGCAGCGUUUAUGCAAAGGUGGGAGCCGAUACAUCUCUCUUGACCAAGCUGAGAGCCGGCAUGAUACGGCCAAUUCUCUUGUUCUGCAAGUCUCCCAUCGUCUUUCUUCUCUCAACAUAUCUGGCAUUAGAGUACGGGCUACUCUAUCUUUUCUUCACUACAAUUCCUUCCGUGUUCAAGGACAAAUAUGGCUUCUCGACUGGUUUAUCAGGGUUGGCCUACUUGGGCAUUGGCAUCGGCUUCAUGGCUGGACUAAUACUGACUGCCCUCACCAACGAUCGGAUAAUGGCAAAAAUGGCACGGCGGAACGGCGGCAAAUUCGAACCGGAGAUGAGGCUGCCAAUGAUGAUCUUUUACGCCGCCUUUUGUCCCAUCAGCUUCUUCUGGUACGGUUGGACGACCGACAAAGGCGUUCAUUGGAUUGUACCCAUGAUCGGAAUGGUACCGUUCGGCUUCGGGUUGAUGGGCUUAUAUCUCCCCAUUCAGACGUACAUCAUCGAUUCAUACCCGACUCAUGCGGCAUCAGGCAGCGCUGCACUUGUCGCUUCUCGAUCGCUACUGGGCGCUCUGCUUCCACUUGCUGGUCCAAGGCUCUUUGCAUCACUCGGUCUUGGGUGGGGAAAUUCUUUGCUGGGCUUCAUUUCAAUAGCAUUCAUUCCCGUACCCAUCAUCUUUUCUAGAUACGGAAAAACCAUCCGUGAAAAGUAUCCGGUACAGCUUUAA